CUAAACAAAGUAUGUUUAAGAUAAACUCCCCUGUUCAUAUGAUAAAAUCCCUAGAACAGGGGAUGAUAGCUUUAGCGUGUUCCUCGUGCGCGGACUUUUGGGCGAUGCUCCAAUCAAUUUGGUGAGUGAGUCUUCCCCCAGAUCCGGCCAAUUCUCCUCCAGUCGCAGCCAAUCCAUGGCAUUUGGAUCCAAUCCCAGCUCCUAGCUUCUUGGAAGCGAGAUCCAAAGAUGGGAUUCUGGGACAAAUUCAAGCUCUCCGCGAGCGAUCCAUCCUCGCCGCCGCCCAAGCUCUCGCUCGUCCCUCUCAUCGCCCUCGUCUUCUACAGCGUCUCUGGAGGCCCAUUCGGAGUAGAGGAUUCCGUGGGAGCGGGAGGGCCGCUUCUCGCGAUCCUGGGCUUUCUGAUCCUCCCAUUCUUCUGGAGCGUCCCGGAAGCGCUCGUCACCGCGGAGCUCUCCACCGCAUUCCCGGCAAACGGCGGCUACGUGCUAUGGAUUCGCGAGGCUUUCGGCCCCUUCUGGGGAUUCCAGGGCGGGUUUUGGAAGUGGAUUAGCGGGGUCAUAGACAACGCACUCUACCCGGUUCUCUUCCUGGACUACUUGAGCCCAACAUUCCCCACUUUGGCGUCUGGGCUCACCAGGGGCGUUUCCAUCUUUGGCAUCACUUUGGGAUUAACAUUUCUUAACUACAGAGGAUUAGCCGUAGUGGGGUUUACCGCCGUUUGCCUGGCCAUCUUCUCGCUCGCCCCGUUUGCGGUCAUGGGACUACUUGCGCUGCCCAAACUGGAGCCCCGGCGAUGGACGUCGGCCCACUUGGGGCGUGUCAACUGGAAGAACUACCUCAACAAUCUCUUCUGGAACCUCAACUUCUGGGACAAAUCCAGCACUCUAGCCGGCGAGGUGGAAGAUCCAAGCAAGACCUUUCCAAGAGCUCUCUACAUCUCGAUCUUCGUGGUGGUGGCGUCGUAUCUCGUCCCAAUCCUGGCGGGAACGGGAGCGCUGGAGCUGGAUCAAUCGCGAUGGGUCGACGGAUACUUCUCCACGAUCGCGUUCGCGAUCGGUGGAUCGUGGCUCCGGAUCUGGGUCCAGCUCGCGGCGGCGCUCUCCAACAUGGGGCUGUUCGAGGCGGAGAUGAGCAGCGAUUCCUUCCAGCUCCUGGGAAUGGCGGAGAUGGGGAUGCUGCCCAAGUUCCUGGCGAGGAGAUCGCGCCAUGGGACACCCGUCUGGGGGAUCGCGUUCUCCGCGCUGGGGAUCGUGAUGCUCUCCUGGAUGAGCUUCGCGGAGAUCAUCGAGCUGCUCAACUUCCUCUACAGCGUGGGGAUGCUGCUGGAGCUGGCGGCGUUUGUAGCGCUGCGUGUACGGCGGCCGGAUAUACCCAGGCCGUACAAGGCCCCGGUUGGGGAUAGACUGGGGUGCGUGCUCGUGUGUGUGCCGCCAGCAGCGUUGCUAGUGUUUGUCAUGAGCUUUGCGUCGCUGCGGGUGGUAGUAGUGAGCGCGAGCGUCAUUGUGGUGGGGCUGGGGCUUUACUGGGGACUGGAGGCUGCCAAGGCCCACAAGUGGCUGGAGUUCAUCCGGGGUUCCCCAUUGCCAGGAGAAGCUUCGUCAGGUUUGCUGGAGCCUGGCCAGUAAGAAAUUCUUUCUCCAAUAUAUAUCCAAGACGCUAAGUGUUUCUCAAUUUAAAAGAUAAUUGUAACAAUGCUGGGAUCAAUCUA